GGUCAGCCUACAUGCCAGCCUCCAUAUGCACCUCAUCCUGAAUGCUGGUCCAGGAGCUACACACCACAGCAUGUUAGUGUGAGGACAGAACAUAUUAGGGCAGGAUGCAGUCUUCAAACCACCGACUGCGAGAUAUGGAGCAGCACCACCCGCUGCUGGCGGCAGGUUCAGAUGUCGAGACAGGGAGCCUGGCAGCCGGGGUGAUGGUUGGGGGUACUCACGCCGGCCACACAGCGGGGAACCGCACACUGUGGUUUAUUCAGGACAGCUGUGGGAUGGUGUGUGCAGGCAUGACCUGGUUCCUGGUGCUGUAUGCUGAAUUUGUGGUGAACUUUGUCAUGCUCCUGCCUGGCAAGAACUUCUGGUACUCGCUACUCAACGGGGCCACCUUCAACUCCCUGGCUGUGCUUGCAUUGGCCUCACAUCUACGCACCAUGUUGACUGACCCGGUAAGGAUGUCAAGGAAAGUGAGAAGGAAGGAGUACAUGGAGAGCUUACAGCUGAAGCCUGGUGAGGUCAUUUACAAGUGCCCGAAGUGCUGCAGCAUCAAGCCUGAGAGAGCACACCACUGCAGUAUUUGUAAAAGAUGUAUCCGGAAGAUGGAUCACCACUGUCCCUGGGUCAAUAACUGCGUGGGAGAGAAGAAUCAGAGAUUCUUUGUACUUUUCACAAUGUACAUAGCCUUGAUUUCUGCCCAUGCCUUGGGCCUCAGUGGUAUGCACUUCUUCACCUGUAUUAAAGUCCAGUGGAAUGAGUGCAGUGACUUCUCUCCAGGGGUGUCUGUGCUGCUGCUGAUCUUCCUCUGUCUUGAAGCCAUCCUCUUCCUCACUUUCACAGCUGUAAUGUUUGGUACGCAGAUCCACUCUAUCUGCAAUGACGAGACGGAGAUUGAACGUCUUAAAAAUGAGAAGCCCACGUGGGAGCGUCGCAUGAGAUGGGACGGAAUGAGAGCUGUAUUUGGGGGUUCGCCCUCCCUUCUGUGGUGCAAUCCAUUCACAGGCCUGCGUCUGCGGCGCCUGUUGCUGUUGACCCACGGUCGCCGCAGCGGGUCUGAGUUCUCUGUCUGAGAGCUGGGUGGACUGAUGCAGCUCACCAACACUUGACAGUCUCUAAAGCAAGAUUUCUUGUAAGGCCUCCUUGUCCGGGGCUCAGAUGGACCUCUGCUCCCCGAGGCCGUCCUUCAGGUGUGGGUGACAGGGAGAUGGGCUGCUCCGGUGGGACCCCAGCGCAUCACAACCGCCACUAAAAGUUUGUAUUCUCACUCUCACAUGCUGAUGUAGACACUUCGAUCUGCGCGAGUAUGCAGAACAACUGGAAUAUUGUUCCUAACAUGAGCAGAUUCUUUUGGUUUGUUUGUGUGUUUUUAGGUGAAGCAUGCAGUAUGUAACUCAAGUGAGUCUUUUGUUCCUUGUGAGACGUCCAAGGUGCUGUUGGAACUCAUGCACCCUCGGUUCACAACUUCAGCAGUUUGUUUUCUUUGCUGUGCACAUGAGAUUCAAGAUUAGUGUUUGCAUCAGCAACGUAUCUUUCAUCAUCACUGGACCCAGACAAGUGAAUAUUAAUGGGGAAAUGCUUGAAACAGCUUUAUUGGACCCAGACAAGGGAAUCACAGCUGAGGACAUGCACUUCUUACAUGGCACUGGAUAUGGAGCACAGUGGACAUCAGAAGUGGAACUGUGCUGCCUUGAUUUGCAUGUAUAACAGCCCAAUCAGUCAGCAUCUCAGCCGGAAAAUGAGGCUUUCACUAUCUUCAAAUGAAUCAACAGGCUACUGUGAACACAAGCCUCAUUCUUAUUCAAGAGGACUGAGUGUCUGCUCCUAUCUGUUCAUCCUCUCUGUCAUGUUUUUCCUUCAUUGAGCUGGAAUUACUGAUCCUUUAGGUUACUCGGGCCAGUAGAAAUGUCUUUUUUGAAUAACUGCUAAAGCUUCUUUACCUUUCAUCAUGCUGAAAACUCAACAAUUAACCAUAAUGACGCACUGGAGAUGACUACUUUUGUUCUAAAUCUUCAUUUGGUUUAAAAGAACUUUUAUAUUAGUUGUACGUUCAUGUCCAUAAAUUUGCUCAUGCUACAUGCUGCUCCAUGUCUCAGUCUCUACAGACAGUCGGUGACCCUUAGACCACUGAUAUGCCUCCCUGUGUUUUCAUAAAAAAGUGAUUCAGGUUGAACCCUGAACAGAGAUGACUGAAUGUUAUUAAGUUUGAAUUGUUUAAUUUGUACACAGUUUUUCUCUGUGGAAACCUGAAGGCUACUUCUGUGUGUAGUAGGAAUCCAUGAGCAAAAACACUUACUUUAUAGCAUUUAAACUCUGACAAACGACAUCACAAACGCUGGAGACAGAGCUGAGUUUCAGACACAGCGGCUUUGCAUGCUCCUUGGCUGCCCAAUGGUGUGACAUUUUCAAAAGGAGAACUUAAAAACACUGGCACCACCUCUUUUGGCUGGUUUUGAGCUCGCUCUGAUCUUAAGAGCCAAGCUCCAUUGUGCAGUCAGCCUGUAGAAUUACAGAAGGAGCUGAACUUCUGAAAGAGGCCGAGGUACCAGGCUCAUUAUACAAGCUUUAUUACUGAACAAAGUCUCGGGGAGCUCAGCAGAUGCUUAUGGAGCCUUUUCCUACUUCACUCCAGAAAUGUCACGCCUGUAACACCUAGUGGCAGGACAGUAGCAGAUACUUUUCCAGUGUUAUUAGAACACUUUUCCAUGCCUUUAAAAUUAUUCAGUCAAGUGAUUUUAUCACCUUGAAAGAUUUUGUCAUUAUUGCCAUAUUUACGAAAGUGUUCUCCUUUUGUCUCCUAUUUUUACUCUACAUUAAUUAAUGAGCCUGUUUGCACUGGAUGGAUGUGGCUUUUUGAUUCUAGAGUUCAGGAUUUAAAGUCAAGUCUACCUGACUGACUGGACGGUGUCUUCAAAGUAUUGUCAAAUCUAGAUUCUCAAAGUCUCAUUUUUAUGGCGUGUUGGACAAUAUACUGCUGUUUGUUCUCAUCUGUGGUUGUCAGGAGAGGGAACUCCACUGUUUACACUAAAAGAUGAUAUCCAAUGCUCUAUGGCUGUAUUGUUUUAAACUUGCUGUCAUUAGAAUGUAAAACACAUCUAUUUUAGGACUAAGGGACGCAGCACUGAAAGCUAAGUAAUAUCAGGGGAUUUUAUUAAUGCUGGCCUCAUUUCUCAUUUUAUUCUGCAUCACCUCAGCAACAGUUUUCAGAGUAAAUGUUGGGAGGAUAUCACUUUCUUAUUUGUGUCACACUUUUUCUAUAUUCAGCAUGGUUCAGUCGGCAAGUCCUAACAUACUCAAUGUGCUUUUUAAUUUAUGAGGUGCAGAAUGAUAAUGGAGAAAGUUCAUCUUAACACAGCAUAUCCAUAAAAAUCAUAUGUAUAAAUGGAGGAUGGAUUUAUAUUGACUAAUUGGAAAACUACAGGGAAAACCAUGCUGUUGAGUUUGGCAGAUCCACAAAUGUGUUGCUAACGGCGCAACAGCUGGUAUUAAAUGUAGUUGCAGUUUUUGGUGGCAAAAUUGCAUUCAGAGCCAAUAAGAGAGUCUAAUAAACAUAAAGUGUCAUUAGAGUAGAGGUUAAUGUCUGAUGAACUAAUGGUAACAGUGGCAGGACUAAUAUGCUGCUAAACUUUUAGUGGCAUUUGUAGGAAGCAGAAGAAGACCAAUGCUGAUUGUGGACUGACAAAAUUUCGGUGUUGACUGCAUAUGAAUAUUUGACUGGUAUUAUUUGAGUAAGUGUGGUUGAUGUGUAUUUCACAAUAGGAAGGUCCUGUUUCAUGACCAAACUCGGAUGCUGUAAUUAUAGUGUCUUAAAUUGGGACUCCGUUACAGGGUUUGUAGUUUAACAUUUAUGCUCAGCAAUAGAAUCAAUGAAUGAUGAUCUUUAAAGGGUAAUUUGUAUUUUCUCCACCUUGUGCUGUUUGAUUUAUCAGAAUACAAUCAUGGGAGGAGGAUUGUUGUGCAAAAUUGUGUAAACCGGUGCAACAGUACCCUGUCAAAGAUUUUUUCCUCACAUUAGUGAAUUGUUAAAGGGGACGUGCUGAGUAAAAGUGGAACACUUUUGUGAUGUUUAGUAAUGAUUCUUAUCAGGGCGGUUGGUGGAUUAAAGAAUUAGCAUUAACAUUGCCAUGAACAGUUGAGAAAGAUUUUGUUUCCUACUUACCUGAGAGAAUGUUUCCUCAAGAACAAAAGUCCUUCAGCUUUAUAAACAAAGUAUAUUAACAAUAUAUAAAUGGAAUGUUUUAUUCAAGUUUUUUAAUUAAUGUGUCAUAAUCUUAUAAUGUCUUAUAUCUUUAAUGUCAUUCUUUUACAUAAUAAACAAUUAAAUUAAA